CCAUAUCUCAUCAGCGGGGGCGUGGACGACAUCUGCAAUACUACCGAACUACUCUAAAAACCCUAUAUAUCCUCACAAAGUACCACCGACGCCCCCCGCAAGCGUCAUCACGCCUCGAUCAUGGCCGCAAAUGGGGCCCGUAAAGCGCCUCCCUCCGCCUCGCCAAAGUCAGGGCUCCUAGACACAGGCGCAGUUAAAGAUUCUAUGGGCACAGAGAAAAAGAGGAUCACGCUGAAGAUCAAGAGACCUGUUCCCAAAGCUACAAUUGCUGGCAAUUGGAAGGAGAGUGAUGUGAUCAACGCCGAGAAUAAAUCUUCCGCUUUAACUACUUCCCCCGUUGUCAACCCUCUCGACGAGAAGACAAUCGCCGGCUUCCCUUCUGGCCGUCCCCUCGAUGACAAAGUAGAUACGGUACAAUGCAAGCACUGCCGACGACCAGUGCUGCGCGCUUCUUCCGCAACACAUAUCCGUGACUGCCUGAAUAAGAAGCAAGAGAAACUCAAGAAAAAGAAGGAAGCCAAGGAAGCCAAGGACGCAGCUCUACGCAAAGAGAAAGGCGAAGAUGAUGACGGCGGUAUCAGUGCCAGAAAGUCGGCGGUCAAAGGCGCGGUGAUCGAUGGCGAUGGGGCAAAGAAGGGUAAGAAGAGGAAGCUUGAUGUUGAUGCAGAGAAGGCGCCUAAUGCGAAGAAAAAGAAGAAAGAUGAGCCCAAGGCAAAGGGAGCGAAACCCAAGGGACCCGUAGAUGUGGAGAGACAGUGCGGUGUUCCGUUGCCAAACGGUGGCUUCUGCGCGAGGAGUCUGACGUGCAAGAGUCAUUCUAUGGGGUUGAAGAGAGCUGUGCCGGGAAGAAGUCUACCGUACGAUAUGCUGUUGGCGCAGUAUCAGAAGAAGAACCAGGCAAAACAGCAACGUGCAGCUAUCGACGCCAACGCCCCCCUCCCAGAAGACCUCGAGCCGUCCGGCGCUGUCGAUUCCGACGAAGAAAAGGACAGCAUUAUGGCUGCUCUCGCGCGCCAUCAUCCUCGUCCCAUGGCUACAUACACACACAUCUCCCAACGCUCGAAGUACCAAUAUAUUCGCAUGAAAGGAUUGAUACGCUCAGCCCUGGGUGCACCACCCGGUGGUGGUGGGAGUAUCUAUUCGGGUAUGACGCCAGGUGGUGAUGGUAUGAGUACCGGGCGAGGACUGACGCUGGGUAUGAUGGGUGCACCAAUGAGUGCUACGAAUGAGCACUUCCCACAGAGUGCUGGAGGGAUGAGCGGAUUCGGCGCACCGCUUAGCGCUGGGCUGGAUAGUAAUGCGGGGAGCAGGCGGCCGAGCACGAUUGGCAUGUCGGGAGGCCCUCGGCAGAUUCUGCCUGGUCAGUUACCUGGACCCAGUCAGCAGAGGAAGGGAAGCAUGGCGAGUGUCGGCGUUGGUGCCUCUUAGGAGGGGAAAAAGGAUAGUGUAAGACAUCUAGGAAGACGCCCGGAAGAUCCUGGUGACCCUCAACGAGGGCUCUGUGCACAUGACUACUUUAUUCGGCGUUGGUUUUGUAAUAGCCGUUAGCCACGAUCCUGAAUGAUUCUAGGAUGGGGACGGCGGGUUUAGGAUGUGUUAGUGAUACCCAUCUUUAUGUACUGAGAAAUGCUCAGCUUUUUGCUAUUCUUAA